CAUGUCAACCAAAUUGUUGGUUUAUUUUUUACUUCUGUCAGUUCUCCAUGCGUGUUCCGAGAUUAUCGAAUACGAAGAGGAAUACGAGGACGUUACUGUGAACCAAAUGCUUGCUCCCAAAACUCAGGAGACAGACGCAACACAGAUAUUGAAUAAUUUACUGAAGGAAUAUGACAAGAAACUUCGACCAGAUAUUGGGAUUAAACCAACUGUCAUAGACGUUGACAUAUAUGUGAACAGCAUAGGACCUGUGUCGUCCAUUAACAUGGAAUACCAAAUUGAUAUCAUCUUUGCCCAGACGUGGACAGAUGCCCGCCUUAGAUACAACAGCACAAUGAAAAUUUUGACUCUGAACAGCAAUAUGGUUGGACUCAUCUGGCUCCCGGACACCAUCUUCAGAAACUCCAAAAACGCAGACUCCCAUUGGAUUACAACACCCAAUCAGCUGCUGCGAAUCUGGAACGAUGGGAAGAUCCUGUACACGCUAAGGUUGACCAUCAACGCGGAAUGCCAGCUGCAGCUGCACAACUUCCCCAUGGAUGAGCACUCCUGCCCCCUCAUCUUCUCCAGCUACGGAUACCCCCGAGAUGAGAUGAUCUACAAGUGGAGGAAGAACUCUGUCGAAGCUGCAGAUCAGAAAUCCUGGAGACUUUAUCAGUUCGAUUUCAUGGGCCUACGAAACACCACCGAUGUAGUGAAGACAUCAGCAGGUGAUUAUGUGGUGAUGACGGUCUACUUUGACCUAAGCAGAAGGAUGGGCUAUUUCACCAUUCAGACCUACAUCCCCUGCAUCCUCACUGUGGUUCUGUCUUGGGUGUCCUUCUGGAUUAAAAAAGAUGCGACUCCGGCCAGAACGGCACUAGGGAUAACGACAGUGUUGACCAUGACCACCCUCAGCACAGUGGCCAGGACCUCGUUGCCCAGGGUAUCCUAUGUGACAGCCAUGGACCUCUUCGUCACGGUGUGCUUCUUGUUCGUCUUCGCGGCUUUGAUGGAGUACGCCACCCUCAACUACUACUCGUACAGCGCACGAAAGCCAAGCUGUUCCAGGACUAAAAGAUCGAACUACUCCGUGCUGGACGUGGGACCGCCACCGACCGUCAUCACGCUGAACAACUCCAUGUACUGGCAAGAGUUCGAGGAGGCCUGCGUCUACGAGUGCCUGGACGGCAAGGACUGCCAGAGCUUCUUCUGCUGCUUUGAGGAGUGUAAGGGGGGCGCAUGGCGCAAGGGCCGGGUGCACAUAGACAUUCUUGAGCUGGACGCCUACUCGCGUGUCUUCUUCCCCACCUCCUUCCUGCUCUUCAACGUUGUCUACUGGGUAGGCUACCUCUACCUUUGACCGUCUCCAGUAACGAAGAGGACUCUCUGGUUUUGUUUUUUGUUUUUUAUUUGUUGAGGGUUGAGUGGGGAAGGGAAAUUCCCUCCAAAAUGGCGAGACAACACAGAGGGAGAGAGACUAAAAAGAAAAGAAUGCAACACCAAGAGAACUUCAGUAGUUUUGCUACAAGGACUUAAGUUGAGUCAUACCUGGUACUUUUUUAAAGGGUUUGAAACAAAAAAGUGCUAUAACUAUAACUUAGUUACUGAAAUUCCUUAGGGAUGUGACAAUAAGGGA